UGAAAACAACUUCACCUUUUCUUUUAGAAAGGAAUCAUUUUUUACUUGAAAAAAUCUUGAAUUUCACCAAAAAAUACUAAAGGCCUAACAGUUGUUAAAAGUAUUCAGUUUAAGGUUAAUUUAUUUCUCUUUUUUGAAGCAGUAUGAGGUUUUUGCCAAGUUGCUUGUUCCACAACUAUGAGAAUGUUCUAUAUACCAUUUUUCUAAUAUUCUACAUAAAUGUGAUAAUAUAUGGGAACUUUAGAAGUCCUUUUGACUCUCACAGCUAUGAGGAUAUUCUAUAUACCAUUCCUUUAAUAUUCUACAUGAAUGCUAUAGUUCAAAUUAGAUAUUCUUUUAUUGGCAUCAUACAACAUCUCCAUCAUUACAAAUUUUUAAUGUUUUCAUUUUCUUUUUUCUAAAAUUAUCAACAGCAUAAUAAGAAAG